UGUUCGGCACUGCCAGGCGGUAAACAUUGCACAGUACCAUUGGCCGUGUCCUGAGGCGGGUCCUUUAGUUUUCGAGUUUGAGUUUUUCCUCGGUCAGUUUAUCGUAUUCAGCUCUGAGAAGUGAGAAAGAUACGCGGCACGCGUUAAGGGGAGACGCGUUUCGUUUCGUUUGUUCUUUCGAUAUCUAAUGUUACUUUGUUAGUUUGUGACUAUUCAAAGGAUGGUGAUACGCAACGUGGGGUACAGCGACUGUGGAACGGUCUAACAGGAAUUGCACAGAUCGAUACGUAGACGUUCGCAGCGAAAUAUGGUGGGUUACUAUCAAAUGGAACCGAUUCCAAAUACGACGAUGUCGAUCAGUAGCGAAAUGCCGGCCGUAGAGCCGAUAAACCCGGUGAAAAGUCUGGUGUGUAGUCCGGAUUUAACUGUGUUCUCGGCGCCGACGUGCGGUGCCGAAACUCUAUCGGCGAGUAUCGAAGAAAAGACCUACCGAUGCCUGCUGUGCCAAAAAAGCUUCGAUCAGAAAAGUCUGUAUCAGAGCCAUUUGCGCUCGCACGGUAAGGAAGGCGAAGAUCCUUACCGAUGCAACAUCUGCGGGAAAACUUUCGCGGUACCUGCGCGAUUAACGAGACAUUAUCGUACGCACACGGGCGAGAAACCGUACCAAUGCGAAUAUUGCAGCAAGUCGUUCUCCGUGAAGGAGAACUUGAGCGUGCAUCGUCGGAUUCACACCAAGGAACGACCGUACAAAUGCGACGUGUGCGAGCGUGCUUUCGAGCAUAGCGGUAAACUACAUCGGCAUAUGCGAAUUCAUACCGGCGAACGGCCACACAAAUGCACCGUUUGUUCAAAAACGUUCAUACAGAGCGGUCAGCUGGUAAUUCAUAUGCGCACCCACACCGGAGAAAAACCAUACGUCUGCAAAGCCUGCGGCAAGGGAUUCACUUGUUCGAAGCAACUGAAGGUGCAUACGCGCACGCAUACCGGUGAAAAACCGUACACCUGCGACAUCUGCGGCAAAUCGUUCGGUUACAACCACGUGCUGAAGUUACAUCAGGUUGCCCACUACGGUGAAAAGGUUUACAAGUGUACGCUUUGUCACGAAACAUUUGGUUCGAAGAAGACGAUGGAGUUGCACAUCAAAACCCAUUCGGACUCCUCUGUCAGUGGUUCUCCUAGAGACUCGCCGAUCGAACCAGAGAUUAAGAUCUCGCAAGCAAACGGUGUAAGCACUGCCAAUGAUAAGGAGAAUCAAAAGACUGAAGAGCCAAGCGACGACACUGCUACUUACAACGCUCCACGGGAGUUUCCAUAUUAUGUGUAUUCUAGAGAGCAGUAUUCGCAACCACUGGUGGUGUCUAGCGAAGGAAGAGCCUUCCAAACGAUGCCAACUGUCCCCGUCGAACAGUCCCACACGUUUCUCUAUCCUGAAGUUUCGCCAAUGUACACUAGUUUUGGAAUUCAGAGUAACAAUUUUGUGGGGAACUGUUCUUCGCUUCUGAAUUUGCCAGGAAACGACGCGCGCAGGCGAGUCGAGGCUGCGCUCGAAGCAGUCGAAGAAGAAAGGCAGAGGGAAUAUGGAAUCAUCCAUAUCGACGUUGACAGGGAACCAAUUCUAACUCCGCCGAGCAGCAAUCCCGUGAGUCCUGUACCUUCGCCGGAUCCUCUCGAUUUGGCAAUUCCUGUACGGGAGACGUUAAUUCUCCCGCCAAGAAAGCGGUGCAAGAUGAUCUUAGAAUCGAUGGAGAGCGAGAGAAGUGGUCUCAUCGCUUCGCAGAGACAGAACUCUGUUAUUCAGUUUGCUAAGGCAUCGUAGUGGAAGAUUUCGAAGAGAUCAGUGGUGUACCGAUGAUACUUUUACUUUUUACGUAUGGUGAAACGUAAUCCGGGUCUGAUGAAAAAUUACGUGGAGCAUCGAUUCAAAUUGAAUACGUACCGAUGAUAUCGAUGGGCUACAAUGAUUAAAUCGUUAUAUUGAAAGUUAUUCAAAAUUGAAACGUUUAAAAGCAACUUGUCGCGUGGAAAAUAAUUUCAAUGCGGAUUCGGCAUUUCAAUGCUAAAUUGAAUCGAAACAUUCAAACUCAUGUUAUAUUCGAAUAGUGUACAGUACCUACAUACAACUCGUAGAAAAGAAAAUGGAACGCCCAUCGCUAACCAACGAUAAAUUCAGAAACCAGAACUUCGUGGCGUAGAAAUAAAACACGACCGGGUCACCGGAAAAUUUCACUGCACAGUUUGACAAUCGGAGACGGUUUCGGUUUCGAUCUCGCAUCGAAUAUUUUAUGCCACCCUCAGAUUUCAAAAUUUGUUCAAACAAGACAUUUUGGAAAUGGACUACGCGAAAUAGGAAUAUUUAUUAUGAUUUUAAUAUAGUAUAAUCGAAGUAGCUUUCCUUUUUCCCUUGCUGGAGCGUUUAACGAUAGAUAAGAAGCAAUCGAUUCGACAGGUUUUUAUAAUUGUGUUAGGUUGUCCAGAAAGUUCGUGCCAAUUUCUAAGAAAAAUUCACAAACACGUUUGAAUUUUAAUGUAUAUUUAUUGAAUUACAUAGGUGCCAUUUUGUUCCACAACCUUUUCACUUAUUAAGGGAUGUAUACAUAUUAUUUGUUUUCAACCACUUCGAUAUAUUCAGACCUGUGCCACCUAUCAAAAAUCGACAUGGACUUUCCGGACAUUCCAAUACAUGGUGAAAGUUUGAAGAAUGUUGGAAAUCAUGGUGCAACAUUUCCCUCGCAAACCUUAAACUAAUACAGGAACGUUCGAUAAUUUUACUAUCUUAAAGGAUAAUCGCGAACAUUUCACUGUUGGCCAAAUAUUUAUUUAUGACAGAGUCAUCUCGUAAUCGCGAAUUCGACUGGUUUCGAGAACUGCUUAGACGCGUCUCGUGCAAGGUUGGUCAAAUUCUCUUCCAAAUAAGAUAUAAAAAUGCCCGAUUUAUUCGCGUUACAAUAAUGCUAAACGAAUUCUUCACUCGCUGUCCUCCUGCGCGGAGAAAGGACUUGUUAUAUUUGUUUUAAUUCUUGCGAAUAAAUCGCCAAGCUUUAUUCUUUAUUCGAAAUAGAAUUUAUCCAACUUUGAUCUCGGGAUAAACGUCUCGAUAUAAUUUCGCCACGUCCUUGCGUAUUUUUCGACAUUUCUAAACAAACAAUAGUUGUAAAAAAUCGUUGCUCGAAAAUGGCGCAAAAUGGUAAUUCUGUCGCUUAGAAUUAAUUGAAAAAUACUUGAAAAAUAGGCUUUAAUGGUCUUGGAACGAAGCUGUAAUUUUUGGCUUUGCGGAAAUUGCAAUUAACAAAUCCAAGGAUGGUGUAGUUUUUUUCUUUUUAAAUAAAUAAAUAAAUAAAUUCGAUUUAUCUAUGAAACGUCGUCCUUGGGCUUGUAUUUUAAGAAAGACAUCGUUUGCUUUGCUUUCUCCGAUCUUUAGCUGCGCGUGUUCGCGUCAUUUUUUCAUGUUUCGCGUUACGUGUACUACGUGUACGUCAAAUAUUUGUGUGUAUGUGUGCAUGCGUGUAUAUAUGUUUAACUGCAACGGAUUAGCGUAGAAAGAUCACAUAAAAGAUCGGAAAGUCUUGAAAUGAACAUGAUCGAGACCAUUCUUUAAAUGUCCGCUGAGGAAAUAAAAUUUCAUUCAUCCGCGGCGUGCUCGUAUCUUAAUCGAGGCGGCCAUGUCAGCUGUAAACGUUAAACACUUUUCACAGAAUAUCCGACGAAAGAAAAGCUAGCAAUUUCGAACAAAUCGUCUCGUGUUAAAUAGUGGAUUUUUUUUUAUCGUUUCGUACGAGAGGAAGCCCAACGAAAGAUAAGAGUUUUUUGAAAUCUGUUCGGAAAUCUCAGUAAAGAAACUUCAAACAAACGAUCGAUCGUGUCGACUUGUCUAGUGUCUCGUGUUUCGUGUUUCGUAUUUCGUAUUUCGUAUUACGUGUUUCGUGUUUCGUAUAUCGUAGCAAUUUCUAAUUGUAUCCAAUAUUUAUAUAUGAUCGAUAAUCCCGAUUUCUUGCCAAAAAUUAACAAGACUGACGCAACAGUCUGGAAACAAUUUUUGUUACCGAGCAACAAAUUUUUAAUAACGUAUUACCAUGAUAUGAUGAAAGUGAUAUUAAAAUAUCUAAUUGCUCAAUUUCGUCGUCGUUAGAAUGAUAUUGAUCGUUAAAAAUGAAACAUUCGAUAGAUUUUGUUUUCAACCAAAUCCUAAACUGAUUCGAUUCUUUUCCGUAAAUAGUUCUUUCAACCCUCGCAUUAAAAUUGACUCGAUACGUUGCUUUUCCCUAUAACUUGGUUAAAAUAUUCGAUCUUGUAAUAAUUCAUCUUUCGAUUUUAAAAAAAUCUAACGUGACGGAACUUGCAUUUAAUUACGUUAUUUACGAAUCGUUCAAUGAUUAUUAAUUUGUUACUUACUGUUAUACUUUUGUAAAAUUUGGCUAGUUUCAAAACGAGAAUCUUACAUUAGAAGAGCCUUUAAAGUUCACCGUACAAAAAAAUCGAUGGUUAAACUCUGUCCGUUUUACUAAAUUUUCGAGAUCGAAUAAAAAGACUAGCUUCGAGUACAAAAGCAUCGAGUCGGGUUUACGACUCGUCAAUUUUAGAAGAGCGUCAAAAAUAAUGUUACGUACAUUUAAUUGCCGAUAAAUAAUAUCUGCUACUUUAAGGGGCUCAGUUUCAAUAACACGGAUCUAACUGGAAUAUACAACUGCAGUUUCCAUUAUAAAAGUGAAAUCGAUGGGAAAAAAGUACCAAACAAUUAAUAUCUCUGUGAUAAGAACUACAUAAUGCCAGAGUAUUGAGGGUAGCUAUGCCCACUGCCAGUACAAGAGAGAAAGAAAAAGAGGAAGUGCGUGCGUGCGUGUAUAUAAGUAUGUGUGCAUAUGUUAAAUCGUACUGUCACGAUUAAUCAUUUGUAGCCAUCUGUAUUUACACUUGGCUUCGCUCCAGUACGACGCGAAGAAAUUUUUCCUAUGUUGAAAACUAAUUUAACCGUUUCGCUACGGUGCGCGAUGGUCUAGGUCAGUUGAUAGUUCAGUUCCCAAUGAACGAAACGUCGCGUCGCGUCGCGCAAAAGUCUAAAUGUUGCGCAAAGACAAUAUAGAGACAAACUGAAAUAAAGUUGUACUAAACGACAUUGUAGGUGUAAAUGUAGUCACAAAACGUAAACAAAGUAUGGACAGAGCAAUAUUUUCCAAAUGAAAAAAUCGAAACUGCCGAUCCGGAGUAAGUGUACAGUUUUUUGUGGCAAACGACUAUAGUCACCCAUCGUAGCGAAAGGGCUAAUCGAUGAUUCGGUAAAGUGCAUCCAUUACAAAAACAACCGUUAAUAAUAUAUAAAUAAUAUUGAUCGGAUGUAUUCCUUGUACAUCGAAGAUAAAACCAUACGAUGCUGUUUAGACUUAUCGGAAAAACAAAAUUAAUUAUAAUAUAAAGCAUUUUUAAUUAGUCAAACAUUUUUUAUUUAAAAAAAAUAUCGAUAUACACGAUAUGUUACGAUACGAUGAAUUCGUUAGUUAAAUCGUAAAGUACUAGAUGCACUUCGUAAUCGAAUCUACUAUUAACUUUUGAUCUGCGAUUUAUAGAAUAGCUUGCAUAUACAAUACAAUGAGCCAUGUUCAUAUUUUAAUAAGUAAUGUAAUAUUUAUAUAGGAAUGUGCGUGUGUGUAUGUAUAUAUGUAUGUAUGUAUAUUGUUUUUUUUUUCUUUUUCACACAUCCAAAUUCGACACGUGGCCUAUUUCUAUUUGUCGGACGUUUGAAAAGUUCGAGAAAGCGAUUUCUCGUUCAUUGUACGGAUUUGUGCGAUACGAAAUUGAUGUGCAAUCAUAACUUAAGUUCUCAGGAUGCUUAAUUUUCUCUCUACAGGAAAAAUUGCUUUUAAUUAAUGGAAUAUCCAGGUAUUUAUUGUAAAUUUAGACAAUCGUUGAUCGUGAAAAUCGAAGCGCCUAAUGCUAGUUUAGAAUUUAAAAGUUUUAUUUAAACUAUUCAAUCGAGAAUUGGCCACGUGGGUACUAUGUCGAAAAUAGAAACGCGAAUUGUUAAGUAUUACGAUAACGACGAGAAAAAGAUUGAAAUAUGCGAAGAGGAGUCUAGCGUAAUAUUGUAAUUAUCUGUUAUUACUUAUUAUUUUUAAGAUACACAAAUGCAUGCCGAGUGGGACGUGUUUUGUCCCAUCGUUGCGAGCGUGUGGAACUGAUUACCUAUGAAAAAGAAACGUUUUUCUAGAGACUCGUUGUAUACAAGAUGAUUUCAACGGAACAAAAGAUGAUACAAUCUUCAAAGAGUGCAACAGGGACGAUAAAGAUGUUUUUCUGCGCGUUGUUUUGUAAGCGUUAUGCAUCGCAUUCGCGACGAUCAGUCGGUUAACUUUAACGAACUAGAAAAAUUCAAAUAGCAAAACGACAACGUACGAUGCGAAGCAAACAGACUUUUUCGUCCUCGAAAGUGACUCGCCUGCGAUAAACUUGAUUCCAAUGGAUUUUGUCCGGAAACAUCAAAAGUUACGAGUUACUUCUAUCGUUUUUCGCAUCGACUGCAAUUUCACCAAACUCGGAAUCAUCUUGAUCAUCGACAGGCACUAACAAUUGUAUUUCCUUGUUUUAUUCCGCCAAAGUGCGUACGAAUAACUUUGAUAGUCAACUUCCGACAGGAAAUAUAUUUAUUUAUUUAAUAUAUACCUAUAUAUUAUACACAGAUGUAUUUUUCACCGAAUUUCGGAACAAAUUCUCGUGUAUUCGCUACAUUAAAAUAUAUUCUAUCGUAAAUACUGUUUU